AUGGUGCUCAUGCUCCUGGGCGCCAACGCGUCCGUCUUCAUGCUCUGGCGCGUGCUCGCGUAUCCCGCCUUCAUGGCGGAUCCUUACAUGGUUUCGCUGGACUUGAACUUGGGCGGACGUCUGCACACGCUGCUCAUGAGCACCUCCAGCCUCGUGGAUCCAGCGUUCAUGGUGAAACAUUUCAUGGUUUCGCUGCCUGGUUUGGUGCGUUGGCGUUUCCACACAUUGCUCACGUAUGCUUUCAGCCACGUAGAUCCUAAACACCUCUUCAACAAUAUGUUUGGCCUCUACUUCUUCGGCUCAAGUGUUGCAAGAGAGUUUGGUCCUGCUUUUCUUUUAAAGUUGUACGUAGCAGGAGCACUUAGUGGGGCUCUGUUCUACUUGGCUGAAAUGUUAUUUCUAGCUCCACGGAGACAGGGUCCUGGUGGAUGGUUAACUCCUUGCCUUGGUGCAAGUGCUGCAGUUAAUGCAACUGUUCUUCUCGAGAUCUUUCUGUAUCCAAAGAAACUAAUAUACUUACACUUCUUUCUUCCUGUUCCAGCUGCAUUAGUGGGAGCUGGUUUGAUUAUUGUUGAUUUGUGGAGGGUCAAGAAGGGUCAGAGCCGCGUGUCAGGCUCUUCUCAUCUAGGGGGUGCCCUAGUCGCCGCGGUUGCGUUUGCGGACAUCAAGGGCUGGAUCUGA